AUCAUACCUUGCGACGGUUACGUCACCACUACGUCUAGUGUUGUGUUGUUCCUCAUGUGUGAUAGCGGUAUCAAAGAUCCUGGAAACUAACGCUCCUUCUUCCGUCUGUGGUGCUAUUGGGUGGGAUCCGCAGGAGGAACGCAGACCGAGGCGGAUUCAUUGAAGAUGGCAGACGAGGAGGACUCGGGGCCGGAGGCAGAGCCGGCUCCUUUCUCUCCCGCGGAAACCCCUAGUUCCGCCCGGCCUCACUACGUCUCGUUCUCCGAGAGCGUCCAGCCAGCGGUGGGCAUGAUGAGCCAGCUACUCAGCCAACCUUCCUCCCUCAAAUUCGACAAGAACAUCAAACAGGCCUUCUACAACACAGGAGCGUUGAUUUUCGUGGCUAUCUGUUGUGGAGCGGCUGUGCUAGUCUUCUUUAUCCUGGAAGCCUUUCUGAGACCACUGCUCUGGGCCGUUCUCUGCGGGACCUUCCUCCACCCAUUCAAACACUCCCUAGCCCGGCUGGGACGCUCCUGGCUCAACGGACUGCAGGACACCGGGACGCCGAUACUCCUGGGGACGCUUCUGGUCCCGGUGUGGUGUUUCAACCACGGGGUGGAUUUCCUGGGGGGUCUGGUGCUGGAGAGGCUCACGGUGCUGCUGGUGAUCGGGGCGGGCGCGCCACUCAUCUACUUCUUUUACCUGUUCUGGAGCGUCAUUGGCAUGCAGGUGAUCAUCGGGCACGUGUGCGACGUCAUCGGGAGCGCGCUGGACUGCUUCCACUCUGUGUGGGUGAUGACAGUGGUGUUGGGGUAUGUGCUGGCGGUAGCCUGCAAAUGGAGCCCCGGUACAGAGAGAUACCUGAGAACUAUGUCUGUACCUGUCUGGACCAUACUACUCUUCUACCUGGUGUCUCUGACUGGCUCGUGGAGAGUUCCUGUGUUUGUAAUCGUGGUCACGCUCCUCAUCGUGGGCUCUCAAGAGAAACCACCUGUCCCUGGCAACUCAGGUGAGCUGUCAGGACAGGUGUUGUCGUUCGCUGCUAACACCAUCUACAUGGCCAUCUCCUGCAGUAACCUCCAUCUGGGCCCCGAGAGAGAGACCAGCACCAGCAAUGUCUCCGCAGAUGGGGUGGACUCUGUGGGCCCUGGCCCUUCCGGUCCCCCCUCUGUCUUCCCGUUCACCCGUCAGGCCCGUCCUGAGCUGGGGGGUCUCUUCCAGAAGGAGAAGGGGUCCCAAAGAGCCAGUGAUAUCUACUUUGUCCUGCUGGCCUGGGCUUUUGUACUGGUCCAAGUCUGGCUCAAUCUCUGGAUGCUACAACUACUGCCUAUCCCAGUGGCUGUGUGGGUGUUGAAGAAGCUGGUGGUACAUUUUGGUCUGAAGCGAUUCGCUGAGAAGACUCUGUCGUCAUGGUGGGUAGGACUGGAGAAGUUUGGCCAUGAGCGACAGGACGCCAUCAUGCCUGGACCAAUCAAAGGACUCGUUCAGUUCCUGCUACGGGUUGACACCAAGCUCUGGCAUUGGCUUAACAAGCAGAUGGUCAUAUGGUUGGAGCGCUCCCUGGAUAAACUCAUCAGUAUCUUCAUCAUCUUCCUGCUGGUGACAGGAACUCUACUCAUGGUUCUCCUGCUCACUGCUAUGGUUCAUCAUGAGAGUGUUCAUAUCAUAGAGGUCACCAGUAACCUUAUCAACGAGACUGUGUCCAGCCAUCCAGAAUGGGCCAAUUGGCUCCCUGAGGCCCAGGUCAUCCAGAAAGCUAUGAACUCAGCUGCCACUAACGUCUACCAGCACGGUCGAGAAUGGAUAACAUUCAAGCUCCAUAAGAUGCUUGGUGAAAAGGGGAACCACACAGCUGUCAUAGAGAAGCAGGUUCUGGAACUGUGGGACAGACUGUACCACUCCUGGUUUGUCAAGAAUGUAACCCAGACAGGAGGGCGUAACCGUAGUGGUGGUCAGAAGCUUGUCCAGAGACAGAACAGCUGGCUGGGAGAGAUCUUAGACUGGCAGGACAUCGCCUCCUUCGCUCAGGAGAACAUAGAAACACUGCUCUCUAUAGUGGAGUCUCUGUGGGUGGUGAUGAGUCGGAACGUUGGGCUGCUGAUCUCCACAACGACCACUCUCCUCACUGUCCUCUUCCACAGCGGCACAGCUCUCCUCAACUUCGCCCUCAGCCUGGUGAUAUUCCUGACCACGUUGUUCUAUCUGCUGAGUUCCAGUGGAGAGUACUACGAGCCUGUCAAAUGGGUGAUCAGCCUCACUCCUCUGUCCCAGCCCGGACCAUCCUCUAACAUCAUAGGACAGUCUGUAGAGGAGGCCAUCAGAGGGGUGUUUGAUGCCUCUCUAAAGAUGGCAGGGUUCUAUGGUCUCUACACCUGGCUGACACACACCAUCUUCGGCAUCCACAUCGUCUUCAUCCCCUCUGCCCUGGCAGCUAUCCUGGGCGCGGUGCCAUUCCUGGGGACGUACUGGGCAGCACUGCCCGCUGUGUGUGACCUGUGGCUGGCCCAGGGAGAAGGGGUCAAAGCCUUGCUACUGCUACUCUUCCAUCUGCUGCCCACCUACUUCGUAGACACAGCCAUCUACUCCGAUAUAUCAGGUGGUGGUCACCCGUAUCUGACUGGUCUAGCAGUGGCAGGAGGAGCAUACUAUCUGGGUCUGGAGGGGGCGAUCAUCGGUCCUAUCCUGCUGUGUAUCCUGGUGGUAGCCUCCAACAUCUACAGUGCCAUGCUGAUGAGUCCCAACUCUGCCCAGCCCACCCCUGUACAGUCUACCUGGCCACUACAUCCUGCCAGGUCCUUCAUGGACACCACUCCCUCGGUGCUGAAGAGGGUGAGCGAGUGAGAGGUGGAGUGUCUCCUGGUUUCUCAUUGACUGGGUGCCUGUUCCUUGGCUUCUUAUAGGCUGAUUACCUGGGAGAAGCACCCGUUCCUCCCUCGUGCUCCUCCCGAGCUCUAUGAGGUCUCCCAGGCGGAGUGGCAGGGUGUGAGGGGAGGUUACCCACAAUGCCAUCAGCCUGAUAAAGCUACCUUUCAAACCAUAGAGGAGAGACCCUCCCCUCCCCCAACACAUAUGAGACCAUAGAAAAGAUUUACAUUAGAAAUCAAAUCAAUGGUCCACAAUAUGUAUACUGGGCACACCAUAUUUAAUAUUGAAUGUCUGACACCAUAUUUAAUAUUGAAUGUUUGACACCAUAUUUAAUAUUGAAUGUCUGACACCAUAUUUAAUAUUGGAUGUUUGACACCAUAUUUAAUAUUGAAUGUCUGACACCAUAUUUAAUAUUGAAUGUUUGACACCAUAUUUAAUAUUGAAUGUUUGACACCAUAUUUAAUAUUGAAUGUUUGACACCAUAUUUAAUAUUGAAUGUUUAAUUGAUGCUCAUCACAUCUCGCUGAAUGCGGGGCCUCUUUCAGUGUUCAACACAUUCAGCGAUGGUCAAGUUUAUUGUGCCGCAAUAAGGGAUGGGACAUGUGGAUUUUAGAACAUGGGUCUGUUCUACCCAUUCUAUGUACACGUAUAAGACCCCCCAGUACCAAAUCUACAGACCUGCCUAAAGUGGGAUGUAUCUCCCCCCCCCCCCCCAAUCCUUUCUGCCCCCUCUACCUGGCACUUUUGUGAAGGUCAAAGUUCAGAAUGGGUCACACGUUGUAAGCUGCAACGGAGCAAUGAACUAACCCUGGUCCCGGAGAGCUACUGGAUGGGCAGGGUUUAGUUCCAGCCCAGCAUUAAGACAUCUGAUUCAAGUAAUGAAGGCUCUAAUAAGGGAACUAGAACCUGUACACCCGGGUGCCCUCCAGAUGCCACCAAAAUUAACAUUUAGCGCUUUUGGUUUUUAUCAUCUUUACUGUUAUCAUUAAUAUAAUGCUGUUUUAUUAUCUCUAUGGUUACAUGUUGUAUGAUGCAUUGUCAUACUUGGGAGUUCUGUUGGCGUGGCGAUGAGUACUGUAUGCAGGCACUUCCUGUGCUGAGAGGUGGAACUUCCUGUGUUGAUGUUUUUACAUUUAAAAACAGAUUAGUUUUCAGCUCAAGUUUAUGUUUUGCUCUCUAACGCACACACACACACACACGCACACACACACACACACACACACACACACACACACACACACACACACACACACACACACACACACACACACACACACACACACACACACACACACACACACACACACACACACACACACACACACACACACACACACACACACACACACACACACACACACACACACACAGGUUGAUGUCAGUGCUGCUGUAAGGUGAAUGUAGUCUGAAGGCGCUGUAGUUGUUACAUAUCACGGUAAUAAGGUAGUGGGUCCUGGCCUGUACUAACUACAUCCUAUUAUAAUCUAUCACAUACAUACCCCGGAUUACACACACAAGUAUACACACACACACAUUCACUCCACGUUAAUGGGAGAAGGAUGAACUUUCACAUUAUAAAUGUAACCGUUUACACCAACUGAACGAUGUACAGGUAUGUAUUCUGAUUGAGUACUCUGUAUGUGAAGCACGACAUCAUGUUAUGUGGCCGAAGCGUCAGCUGUCUGAGGUUGGGAGGACUGGUUAUUUAUCCUGAGAAGGUUGGAGUCCUACUGUUGGCUCACUUCCCUCACCCUGACGUCACCUGACUCUGGAACAUACCGCUGCUGUGUUUUCUACUGGAAAUGCACUGAGACAAUAAACAGGACUGUUUCAACUAA